CCUCCUUCCUGCCCCACACUAGGCACCUGGGCAGAUGCCCUCUCCUCCUUUCUGCCCACACUAGGCACCUGGGCAGCUGCGACGGCCGACAGGUGGUGCUUGCGGGGGCCUAAGAGGGUCUCAUCUGUCAGCACAUCUCUGCAGGCUUCCUGGUUCUCCCCUCCCCUCGCGGCUUCCAUCACCACCACCUCCAGGGCCGUGACCCCCAUGCUGGCCGUCCCCGACGGUCCUCUGUGGGCUCUUCUUGCUGUUCACCAGACCAUCGACUGGCUCCAGGCCACUUGGCAGGGUCCACUUCCUUGGUGUGGCGAGCUGACCUCUCACAAACUUUCCAGUGUCACUCUCUUCUCUUUGGCCACAUUAAUGUGGUUACUUGGCCUGGCACAUGGCUCCAGUAGUGGCUCGUUCUUUACCUCAUUUCGGUAAUAAGUUUGAGGCCAUUUCUUUCUUUUUUUUUUUUUUUUGAGUUAAUCUUUUUGUUUUUAGUUGUAAAUGGACAGGAUACCUUUAUUUCUUUCAUUUAUUUUUUAAAAAUAUUUUUUUAGUUGUGAAUGGACCUUUAUUUUAUUUAUUUAUACAUGGUGCUGAGAUGAGAAUCGAACCCAGUGCCUCACAUACGCUAGGCGAGUGCUCUACCACUGAGCCACAACCCCACCCUGAUUUAUUUAUGUAUUUAUGUUUGAGUACCGGGGAUUGAACUCGGGGCACUCCACCCCUGAGCCACAUUCCCAGCCCCUUUUUGUAUUUUAUUUAGAUACAAGGCCUCACUGAGUUGCUCAGGGCCCCACUUUUGCUGAGGGUGGCUUUGAACUCCCGAUCCUCCUGCCUCAAUCUCCUGAGCCCCUGGGAUGACAGGUGUGUGUCACCACACCCAGCUUAAGGCCAUUUCUUUAAUGAUGCUCACUCAUUGCCAGGUGCCCAGGGUCUGGGGAUUCAUUCCAGAGAGCCAUCAUAGAAGCUCUUCUCUGUGGAAUCUCAAUGUCCCAACACCUGCGCUUAUCACAUACUUUAAUAGUAGUAAGAUUCUGAUUUUCAACCUGUUCGUUUUUCACAUUACAGCAAGGGAGGAAUAGCUGGGAGGACCUCCUCGCUGAGGCACUUGACCUGCCCUCAGACCUUCUGGAAGUUCCUGAGUACCCUGAUCAGGUCUUUUUGUCUCCAGGUUCGUAUCCAUCAACAAGUAUCUUGAACAUCCUGUGCUGUGUUAGGCACUAUGGUGACGACACAAGAGGUGAACCCAGGCUAAGUGCAUGGAGCACUUAUCCCAAUCAACCUUGGGGACAUGAAUGUCACAGGACACCAUAAUCAAGGAAACACAAAUCAAGGAGACAAAAUUAAGUAUCCAGAUUGAUGAGCAGACUAGCAGCGUCACACAGCAAGCUCAGGUCCAUGGAGGGGAGCCCGUCCCUGAGGCGCAUGACGGUGAUGCGCGAGAAGGGCCGGCGCCAGGCGGUCCGCGGCCCGGCCUUCAUGUUCAACGACCGGGGCACCAGCCUCACGGCUGAGGAGGAGCGCUUCCUCGACGCCGCCGAGUACGGCAACAUCCCCGUGGUGCGCAAGAUGCUGGAGGAGUCCCGGACGCUGAACGUCAACUGCGUGGACUACAUGGGCCAGAACGCGCUGCAGCUGGCCGUGGGCAACGAGCACCUGGAGGUGACCGAGCUGCUGCUCAAGAAGGAGAACCUGGCGCGCAUCGGCGACGCGCUGCUGCUGGCCAUCAGCAAGGGCUACGUGCGCAUCGUGGAGGCCAUCCUCAACCACCCCGGCUUCGCGGCCAGCGAGCGCCUGACCCUGAGCCCCUGCGAGCAGGAGCUGCAGGACGACGACUUCUACGCCUACGACGAGGACGGCACGCGCUUCUCGCCGGACAUCACCCCCAUCAUCCUGGCCGCGCACUGCCAGAAGUACGAGGUGGUGCACAUGCUGCUGCUGAAGGGCGCGCGCAUCGAGCGGCCGCACGACUACUUCUGCAAGUGCGGGGACUGCACCGAGAAGCAGCGGCACGACUCCUUCAGCCACUCGCGCUCGCGGAUCAACGCCUACAAGGGGCUGGCCAGCCCGGCCUACCUGUCCUUGUCCAGCGAGGACCCGGUGCUCACGGCCCUGGAGCUCAGCAACGAGCUGGCCAAGCUGGCCAACAUCGAGAAGGAGUUCAAGAACGACUACAGGAAGCUCUCCAUGCAGUGCAAAGAUUUUGUGGUGGGCGUGCUGGACCUCUGCCGGGACUCGGAGGAGGUGGAGGCCAUUCUGAACGGAGACCUGGAGUCUGCGGAGCCCCCGGAGGUGCACAGGCACAGAGCGCUGAGCCGCGUCAAGCUCGCCAUCAAGUAUGAAGUAAAAAAGUUUGUGGCGCACCCCAACUGCCAGCAGCAGCUCCUGACCAUCUGGUACGAGAACCUCUCGGGCCUGCGGGAGCAGACGGUGGCUGUCAAGUGCCUGGUGGUGCUGGUUGUGGCCGUGGGCCUCCCGCUGCUCGCCAUCGGAUACUGGAUCGCCCCCUGCAGCCGGCUGGGGCGGGUUCUGCGGAGCCCCUUCAUGAAGUUUGUGGCACACGCGGCCUCCUUCAUCAUCUUCCUGGGCCUGCUGGUGUUCAACGCCUCCGACAGGUUUGAAGGCAUCGCCACACUGCCCAACAUCACAGUCACUGACUACCCCAAACAGAUCUUCAGGGUGAAGACCACUCAGUUCACGUGGACAGAGAUGCUGAUCAUGGUCUGGGUUCUCGGGAUGAUGUGGUCUGAGUGUAAGGAGCUGUGGCUGGAAGGGCCCAGGGAGUACAUCCUGCAGCUGUGGAAUGUGCUCGACUUUGGGAUGCUCUCCAUCUUCAUCGCCGCCUUCACGGCCAGGUUCCUGGCUUUCCUUCAGGCAACAAAAGCACAGCAGUACGUGGACAGCUAUGUCCAAGAGAGUGACCUCAGCGAAGUGACGCUGCCGCCCGAGAUACAGUACUUCACCUACGCUAGAGAUAAAUGGCUGCCUUCUGACCCGCAGAUCAUCUCCGAAGGCCUGUAUGCCAUUGCUGUUGUGCUCAGCUUCUCUCGCAUCGCCUACAUCCUCCCUGCCAACGAGAGCUUCGGCCCCUUGCAGAUCUCUCUUGGAAGGACGGUGAAGGACAUAUUCAAGUUCAUGGUCCUCUUCAUCAUGGUGUUUCUGGCCUUCAUGAUCGGCAUGUUCAUACUGUACUCUUACUACCUGGGGGCCAAAGUCAACGCUGCUUUCACCACUGUAGAAGAAAGUUUCAAGACUUUGUUUUGGUCGAUAUUUGGGUUGUCUGAAGUGACUUCCGUUGUGCUCAAAUACGACCACAAAUUCAUAGAGAAUAUUGGAUAUGUCCUUUACGGGAUAUACAAUGUAACUAUGGUGGUGGUUCUACUCAACAUGCUCAUUGCUAUGAUCAAUAGCUCCUAUCAAGAAAUUGAGGAUGACAGUGACGUAGAAUGGAAAUUUGCUCGUUCCAAACUUUGGCUCUCCUAUUUUGAUGAUGGGAAAACCUUGCCCCCACCCUUCAGCCUGGUUCCUAGUCCAAAAUCAUUUGUGUAUCUCAUCAUGCGGAUCAUCAACUUCUCCAAAUGUAGAAGGAGAAGGCUACAGAAGGAUCCAGAAAUGGGAAUGGGUAACUCAAAGUCCAGGUUAAACCUCUUCACUCAGUCUAACUCAAGAGUUUUUGAAUCACACAGUUUUAACAGCAUUCUCAACCAGCCAACACGUUAUCAGCAGAUAAUGAAGAGACUGAUAAAGCGGUAUGUCCUGAAAGCGCAAGUGGACAAGGAAAACGAUGAGGUGAACGAAGGUGAAUUAAAAGAAAUCAAGCAAGACAUCUCCAGCCUUCGGUAUGAGCUUUUGGAGGACAAGAGCCAAGCGACCGAGGAGCUGGCCAUUCUGAUCCACAAACUCAGCGAGAAGCUGAGUCCCAGCGUGCUGAGGUGUGAAUGACGGAGGCUGGAGCCUCGGGGUGCACUGCAGCACAGACGUGGCAAUAACGCUUCUAAGUGUGAAAUACUUGAAAAACUGGUGUACGUUUUUAGUAGCAACUACCUUUAUUAUGUGACUCUUCAAAGGUUAGGGUUAAGAAUUUUGCUGUUUUAUCACAUGAAAACGCAUUUCAUUGUCUGCCUUGACAUUACAAACGACAAUAUACCAUUGUAUUUAAAGGCCCAAUAUUACUACGUUACUGACAGUUUUGUCCAUUUUAGAGUAUACUCUGUUUUUGCACUACCUGUUUGCCUCCAAGAGAUUGUAAACUCCUUGGAGACAGGACUAUGUCUUAUUCAUCUUUGUGUCUCCAGCACCUAGUACAGUGCCUGGUACAUAGUAGGUGCUCAAUAAAUGUUGAAGCCAAGUGAACUGAACUGCCAAUAAAAUACAAAUAAAAAUUCAUCACUGUGUAGCAUACCUUCCCAUGUCCAACUGCUCAAGAGUUUGAAUUUUUUAAAAUAGAAAUGGAAGAAAUUUUAUAAUCAGCUAUGACCUAGUGAGAACUAUGACCUAUUUUCUUAGAAUUUUAGGCAUUGCUGAUAAUCCCAGGACCAAUGAGCCCUGAGUGAGAAUUUAACAAUGAGGUUGGUUAAUAGAAGACACAUUACAGAUUUAAGUUUCAUCGGAUUGUCCCAAACAACACAUUAAAGAUUUUUCUAAAAUA